CUUUUUUUCUUCCUGCCCGAAAAAGUCUUAGCGUGAUAUCGGAGCUGCCCCGCAUCAUCAUUGGCUGCCGCAAUAUAAAACUUUCGAAAAGUUCAACUUCAUACAAGAGCUCACCAAAAACGCACAAAUACAGAAACAAAAUGUCAUUUCGGAAGCGGAAUGUUGGUAUCUCCACAGGCGCAAAUCAAGCUAUAUCACCCACGACACCACCUGCUGCUGUACCUGUCAACGAAAGUCUUCCCGGAGUGCGACCAUCUCCAGAUGACGGACGACCAACAACAUCAACGGGCUCUCGUUCUUUGGACAAUUUAUUAGCUGGGCAUGCAGGAAUACCACUCGGGAAAAUACUGCUUAUUGAAGAAAAUGGGACUACAGACUUUGCAGGUGCCUUGUUGCGUUACUAUGCAGCUGAAGGAGUCAUUCAAGAACAUAAAGUGCACGUCAUUGGCAUGGGGGAACAAUGGGGCAGGACGCUUCCGGGGCUUAUAGGAUCCGCUGAUGUUUUGAACGAUAAAGUCGACAGAAGAAAAGAGGAGAAGAUGAAGAUUGCUUGGCGGUAUGAGCGAUUUGGAGAAUUCGGGACAGGAGUUGCAGGCUCAAGAGCGCCCGUCAAUGCCGCAAAUACUACUUUCACUUCUACAACACCUGGCACGAAACAAGAUGCUUUCUGUCAUGCCUUUGAUUUAACCAAGAGACUUACCCACCCAUCUCUGGCUACUGUCAACUAUAUACCUCUUACGCCGCAAAGAGGAUCACCCCUGUCGUCGAUAAUGCAAAACCUUCAGCUCAGUAUUUCAAACAGUCCUCCCAACACCGUACAUCGAAUCGUCAUUCCUUCCCUCCUCAAUCCUGCCGUCUAUCCUCCCGAGACCAGCCAGCCUGAAUAUCUCCUCCGAUUCAUCCACUCCCUUCGAGCACUCCUGUCGCAUAAUGCUUAUAACAUCACCGCCAUGAUCACAAUACCACUAUCACUCUAUCCGAGAUCAUCUGGCCUCAUCCGUUGGGUCGAGAUUCUGUGCGACGGCGUGAUUGAGUUGUGCCCAUUCCCUCAUUCAUCCGACGCGAUAGCCACUUCAGGUGCAGCCACAGCGCACGAAGAGCCACCUCAAGGAAUGCUCAGGACACACAAACUCCCUGUCCUACAUGAGCGCGGAGGUGGUAGCGACCAAAACAUUGGCCAAGAUUGGGCUUUUACGUUAAGUCGACGCAGAUUCGAAAUCAAGCCAUUCAGUCUUCCUCCAGCUGAAAACGACAACGAGGCCCAGCAGGCACCUAGUGAUAGUAAAAUGCCUAAAAAGGCCGAUCUUGAGUUUUGAUUCGAAUAAGUCGGGUUCGGUCAAGUUCUAUCAGCCUCGCUCGUCUUCGUAUUGUUCUUCUCGGUACAUGUCGCUUAGCUCGAUCUGCUCGGACAUUGCAGGACCGGUGAAUGUCAUUGUACACAAGUACUCUGGGCCGUAUGAGCCUGCGCCGUUACGUCGGACGCCUCGAAUGCGGUUUCUGAGUCCAUCACCC